AUGAAGUCCAGGAACGAUACGGAGCCGUGGAAGUCUGCCUUUGUCAACUUCACCACUGAUAGAUUCUCAAGCAGUGAGAAUGCCCUCAUGUGGUACAUCACGCGGCAUCAGAGCCACUGGGACCGCGCCACCACCUUCCUGGACGCGUGGGGCAGCAACUUGACCGACAUCAUCGGCACGGAUACUGCGCUUCUUGUCAGCCUUGAUGGGGACCUCCUCGUCAACGCUGCCGAGAUUAUGCGAUGGGAGGGCGGCUGGGAUGACGGUAGCUUUUCCAACCAGCUUUAUUGGCUGUUUGCGAGGCAGUCUAUCAUAAUAGGACAUGCCAACUACGGGCUGGCAACAAUCAAGGGCCUUUUGUCUUUUGCGGUGUACCUUGACGAUGUGUCUAUGUACUACUAUGCCCUCGCAGCGUACCAACACGACCCCUGCGCCGGGCUCCCCGGCAACUAUGACCAGACUACCGGUCAAGGAUCCGAGACGGGCCGCGAUCAGGGCCACGCCGUGGCCAGCUUGGGCUGGGCGGCCGAGGCUGCCCGCGUGAUGCAAUCCCAAGGCUGGGAGGAUUCCUACACAAUCAUAGAUACUCUCCUGCUCAAGGGCGGCGAGUAUGCAGCAAAAUAUAACCUCGGAUACGACGUCCUGUAUGACCGCAGUUUCUACCGCUGCGAGGCGAUGCUCGUCAAGGGGCCUUGGGCACAGCCGUCGGCGAUCAAACGCGGUAUCGUCGGGAGGCCCAAGGUCUGGGACAUCCUUUACUAUCAGUACAACGUCAAGAGAGGCCUAGACACCCCCUAUAUAGCGCAAGCAAAGGCCGGUUCCGACGCCGCAGGUGGAGAACAACACCGUGAGUGA